UCAAUGGACUGGAAUGUCAGACAGACGUAUUUUCGAGGCGGCACAGUAAACAUUGCUUGCCGUAUCCUCUUGCCAAACUGGGUAACACGUGUCUUGUAGGAGGCGUAGUGUCGGCCGAUCAGGGAAGCCUUGUAAGUGUCGAUAGGAAGAGCGAGGACCCGAGUGCCGGCAGCGCCACCAUGUCACGCCCGGUCGUAACGAAAACCGAGUCUCAGGGAGCGGAGGAGAUGCUGUCCCUCCUGCGGCAGAGCCUCCGGUCGUGCAAGACGCCCGGAGAGACCAACUUCGAGGGCUCGGCGCCGCACAUCUUCGUGGUGCUGGGCGCGUCGGGCGACCUGGCCAAGAAGAAGAUCUACCCGACGCUGUGGUGGCUGUUCCGCGACCGCCUGGUGCCGGAGAACACCAUGUUCGUGGGCUACGCGCGGUCGGGGCUGACGGUGGCGGAGCUGAGGGAGAAGUGCCAGCAGUACAUGAAGGUGAAGGAGGGCGAGCAGGAGCGGUACGAGCAGUUCUGGGGCGUGAACCACUACGUGCGUGGGUCGUACGACACCCGCAGGGACUUCGAGCUGCUGGACCAGGAGAUGCAGAAGGUGGGCACCGCCAGGGCCAACCGCAUCUUCUACCUGGCGCUGCCGCCGUCCGUGUUCGACGUGGUGACGAGCAACCUGAAGGCGUGCUGCAUGGCCAGCCAGGGGUGGAGCCGCGUGAUCAUCGAGAAGCCGUUCGGGAAGGACUCGGAGUCGUCGGCCAAGCUGUCGAACCACCUGGCGUCGCUGUUCAAGGAGGAGGAGCUGUACCGCAUCGACCACUACCUCGGCAAGGAGAUGGUGCAGAACCUCAUGACACUCAGAUUCGGCAACCGCAUCUUCGGCCGACGUGGAACCGGGACAACAUCGCCUCGGUCUUCAUCUCGUCAAGGAGCCCUUCGAACCCAGGGGCGCGGCUACUUCGACGAGUUCGGGAUCAUCCGGGACGUCAUGCAGAACCACCUGCUGCAGAUCCUGUGCCUGGUGGCCAUGGAGAAGCCCUGCUCCACCGCCGCCGACGACAUCCGCGACGA